AUGUCCCCAGAGGCUGCAGAGGCAGCAGCUCCCACUGUCCCUACAACUAUGUUGGAUGAUGGUCCGGAGGCUGAUCGGGCUGCUCCCACUGUCCCUGUCCCUGCAACUUUGCUGGAUGAUGAUGAUGGUGGGUUCAAAGAGGCUGCUCAGGCUGCUCCAACUGUCCCUACAACUUUGUUGGAUAAUGAUGGUGCGAAGGAGGCUGCUCCGGCUGCUCCCCCUGUCCCUGCCACAUUGCUGGAUGAUGAUGAUGGGUUGAAGGAGGCUGCUCCCACUGUCCCUACUACAAGUUUGUUGGAUGAUGAUGCGAAGGAAGCUGCUCAGGCUGCUCCCGCUGUCCCUGCAACUUUGUUGGAUGGUGAGAAGCCUCUUGAUGAAUUCGAAAAGCAUCUGAUGCAGCUUGGAAGAGGAGCCCAUGGCGACCAAUGUGAAGACGCAAGCAGUGCAGCGAAGGCAGCAACACAGGAGGUCGCAAGUUUGGAGGACUACUUUGACUUCUUCAAUUUUGCGCUGAAGAGGGUUCUCCAAUGGAACACAAGUUCUGACAGCUCUGGUUGCUCUGGUUCUGCUUUCAUGGAUGAUGAUGACGAAAUCACUCACCGUGUUGAUGUGCAAACAUUGGUUAGCCGGAUGCAAGACUUUAGCAUGAGCACAGCAUAUUCAGGUGUGGGUGCGCCUGAGGCAACCUUAUUGACUCUUUGCCACCAUUUGGGGAAGUUCUAUGGAUCUCAAGUUUGUCCACCACAAAUGAUUUUUCAAAUGGAGUAUGAUGAGGCUUGCAGGGAGGAACUCAAGCUCUACGAUUCCACCUACGCGAAUCCACCUCCCAAGAAUGCUCAUGUAGCUCAGGCAGAUUCAGGGGCUUGCAUUUUUGGAGACUUGAACAGCUUCUAUCAUCCACAGCUUCAAGAGACUAUCGAAUAUCUCAAGAAACGACCGGACUUGGCCCUUGAGAUACUUGCGAAGUCGGUUGCAUCCGGAGAAGCUUGCGUAACGCGUGGCUACUGUUACAAGCACAACCGCACUUGCCCAUUGAAUCUCAGCUGCAAAUUGAAGAUUCUCUGCGAAAAACUAUGA